GCGCAGGACCCUCCCGGGCUCGCCCUUUCGACACCAUCAUCCACACUUGCAUGCCGCCAAUGCGCCCAGCCGGAUUGCUGCGACAACCUGACGAUAUCAUCUCGCCUGCGCGCGCACGCCUCUUCCAUCACGCAUCGCAACCUCACAUCCCUCGCUACUCUCAUCGGCACAGCUUUACCAGACCUGGACUGCGAUCUCUCAAUCUACCACUGUCCUGCUCGCCGAGUUGCUACGGCAGCUACACCAAGGCGUACACCCGCUAACCACUAAAAUGGGGCUCCCACUCUUUAUCGCGCCCGUCGACUCAGACAUCCCCUCGAAACUUGCCGCAAAGAGUCCUAUCAGUGCGUCGCACGCCCGCUCGCCAAUUCGCCGAGACGCGCCAGGAGUUGUCAGAUCAAGGCGCCGUCAGAUCCAGGAGGCUCGGGAACAUCGCUUUCGUCUGCUCGCGACUCUUCAAGGCGAAGAGGAAGCGCUCCUUUCUGCCGUGCGAUCACAAGGCAUUGAACCCAGCAUAUCCUCCACCACUGCCACUAGUGUGGAAGAUGUCGUGUCGCGACGACGCGAGUUAGAACACCAGCAGCGGAGGCAGAAUGCGGAGAGGGGCACAUCAUCUCUGGAACCGACAUCACGGUCAUCACCAGACGAUCCGUCAUCGAGGCACAUAGAAUGGGCAUCCAGUGGGCGUACCAGUCCUCGCCACUAUUCGUCAUGGGGUCGCGAGCCCUGGCUGCCUGAACUCCGGGCAGGGAGCUUUGGAGCGCGUUCGUAUGAGCGGCAAGAUCCUGCCUCAUCGACAUACUACCGACCUGGCCGCCCUGAGGGCAUCUAUGCAAGACGUGCUCCUCUGUCACAUGGCACUUCCGACGAACGGCUGCGUUUGCGUCGGCUUGACCAGCCCAUCCAUGCGAGAUCGCUCACCAGCAUAAGGCGCAACCGUCUUCGCCCAUAUGACGGGUUGGGAGAUCGCGACCGCAGUCUUAGCCCCGAAGGUGACGCAGUCUGGGAUACCUUGCAGUCAACGUUGACACCGGAUCCUCAGCCGCCGAGUGCGAGCUCCUCCUUUGCUUCGACUAACGCCUCCACCGUUGCGUCCCAAAGAACUGUCCCUUUGUCGUCUGCCAACACCUCAAUGACAAGUCCGGAUGAGCCGGCAGAACCACCUUGCGACCCUGUCGCAGACAAUUCAGAACUUAACGACAGUGAAGAUGAGACUCUCGAUCAAAUCCUUGGGCAGCGGCUGGCUGGUGCUUCGAGACGAUCAGCCACUGACUCCAAUCGGCGCUCGUAUGCCGAUGUGGCUGCUGAUCUCUCUUUGGGAGGCAUAUCGACUGACGAAGGAGCUAGCGACUGGCUCACGGGAUUGCAUCGCAUUGUCCGCGGUUUGGUCUCUCGCGACGACAUCCCCGACGAAUGGUGGGCUGAGGUUGGUCUGACGCGCUCGAUGCGCGAGGACUCGAACUAGAUACCCGUCAUAUUCGAUGUAUCCACGGUCUGGAGCGGGUGUUGAUUUUGACCCCUUGACGGAAGCCGGGGGGGCGUUUUUGGUUUUUGGUUCCGGAGUCUAAGGGUCGGACGGAAUAUGGAAGAUCAAACUCGGCGCUUUUUUAAAGCCAAAUCUGUACGAAAAAGCCGGCUCAUUUGGGAGGCGCAACGGCGUUGUAUUCGAAUACCAAUGUUUUAGAUUUCUUCGUGUUUUGAUUCUCGGGAAACUUGAAUCUCGGUAUAGCUAUCAUUCAGCUGUAGGACUUCUUUAGGUCUGGGGAAUGCUGCAGAAACAAAAUCAUUCACGUGUUGAAACAAGGGCACUUUUUG